AUGGCUUCUAAAUUUAGAACUGCAGGUACUUCUGUUAUUUUUAUAAAUUUCGUAAGACAUCUGCUAAACUCAUUAUAACUGCUAUCUUUGGAAUAGAAGAGCAUGGUAACAAUAAAAAAGAAUAUUUAAUGGUUAAAAAUCUUGUUAUUACUUAUGUAGAUAUAAAAAGAGUUGAACGUGUUGAUAAUCUAACUAAAUAAAGUCUUCAAAGAUCUGUAUCUUUAACUAUAGAAAUUUCAACUAAAAAAUAAGAAAAACUGCAUAACAUUUUAGAGAAUAAUAAGAAUGAUAGCUUAAGGAGAAGUAGAUUAAUUGAGAAUUUAAAUUCUUGAGCAUGCUCAAUAAAAAUUACUAUAAAUGAAAAAUAAAUCAUAAGAAGUUACCUAAUAUGGAUCUGCAAUUUUUGAUGCUGAAACAAUUGGCAAAGAUUAAUAAAUGAAAAUACAAAAGAAUUUAAAUUAGCUUAAUUGA